AUGGCCUUCCCGUGGAUUAGGAUGGCGAUUUUGAGUGGUGGGCUGAUGGGCAUGGGAUAUGCCCUGAUGAAAGCUACAGCACCAACCCCAGAACAGACGUACGCCGCAAUGGCACCUGACUUGAGGAAAAAAGUAGACGCGAACCGCACGGCACGUCUGGCCCAGGAACAGGAGUUGAAACGUCUGAUAGAAGCCCAGGCAUGUUCACCUGAACCAACCGAACCCAUCUGGGCAGACGCCCGAAAUCCGCGACAAUGA